UGUAUCUCGCUUUAAACUAAAAAUUUAAUAACAAACUUCAACAACAACAAUAAUUACCUACCACUUCCUUCUUCUUCCUCUCCAAAAGAAACCUUCAUUAUCUCUAUCUUUCUACAUGUAUAUGUGUAUUUGUGUAUAUGUGUAUAUAUGUACAUUACGGAGUGAACUGUUGUUUUGCUGCGUUGUUAAUCAUUUAGUUUCCGUUAGAAAAUGAAUGAUGAUGAUAUGAUCAAGAACCCAAUCUAGUCAUUCUAUUUUUGUGUAAAUCCUUCUAUGUUGUAUUUGAAGCAGCCUAGCGUCUUUGUUGGGGUUGAUUUAAGGUGUCGGCAGUUGUGAAUUCGUGGUUUCUCGGUUCUGGUUGUAUAUGACUAUUAUUUGAUUAGAUUUGAUUUCAUAUCAUAUCAUUUUUCCUUCCUUCUUCUUUCUUUCUUUCUUUCUUUCUUUCUUUUUUUUUUCUCUUCAAUUCAAUUCAAUACAAUUAAAUUGUGUGAUUUGCAUGCCCUUCUCCUAGAUUCCCUGAGCCUGGGCCUGUGGUGCAAGGCUCGGGGAUCUGUAAAAUGGCUUCCUCAGAGACCGAUCCCUUCUCCUCUUCUAAUCCAACCGCAUCCUCUGAGAAUAACUCAUUCUCAACAUUUCCUCUCCCAUCAUCAGAACAUGAUGCAUACUCCAACUCUGCCGCAUCUUCUGAUGACCUCCGUUCUGCCUCUCCUUUUUGUAUGCACAAGUUCAGGCUUUACGAGACUCGAUCGAAAUUUUACAUGGUAGGAAGGAACAAGAAUAGAACAUAUUGGAGGGUGCUCAAAAUUGAUCGGAUGGAUUUGUCCGAGCUAAACAUACGUGAAGAUUCUGCUGUAUAUACAGAAACUGAAUGUUCUGAUCUGCUGAGACGGAUACACGAGGGUAAUAAAUCUACUGGUGGACUGAAGUUCGUGUCCACUUGCUAUGGUAUUGUUGGAUUCAUUAAAUUUCUAGGACCCUAUUACAUGCUGCUUAUUACAAAGAGAUGUCAAAUUGGUACAAUAUGUGGUCAUCCUAUAUAUGGUGUUUCCAGAAGUGAGAUGAUUCCACUUUCAAAUGCUGCUGUUUUGUCCAGAAUAGCCAUUUCAAAGACUGAGAACAGAUACAAGAAGCUCCUAUGCUCGGUGGAUCUCACGAAGGACUUCUUCUUUAGCUACUCAUACCAAGUUAUGCGUAGUCUACAAAAGAAUAUCUGUGAUAAUGAAACAGGUCACGCUCUUUAUGAAACCAUGUUUGUGUGGAAUGAAUUUUUGACUCGUGGAAUCCGAAACCACUUGCAUAAUACCAUUUGGACAGUUGCUUUGGUCUAUGGCUUUUUCAAGCAGGGUACAGUAUCUCUAGAUGGGAGAGAUUUCAAGUUGACCUUAAUUGCUAGACGUUCUCGUCAUUAUGCUGGCACAAGGUAUUUGAAACGAGGUGUUAAUGAAAAAGGUAGAGUGGCAAAUGACGUGGAGACUGAACAGAUCGUUUUUGAGGAUGUCCCUGAAGGGAUUCCUAUGCAAUUAAGUUCUAUUGUCCAGAAUCGUGGCUCAAUCCCUCUUUUCUGGUCACAGGAAACUUCUCGCCUGAACUUAAGGCCUGAUAUUAUAUUGUCAAAGAAGGAUCAAAAUUAUGAAGCAACAAGACUUCAUUUUGAAAAUCUUGCUAAAAGAUAUGGAAACCCCAUAAUUAUAUUGAACUUGAUAAAGACACGUGAGAAGAAGCCACGAGAAUCUAUUCUUCGUGCUGAGUUUGCUAAUGCUAUUGACUUCAUUAAUAAUGAUUUAUCUGAGGAGAACCGUCUUAGGUUUCUUCAUUGGGAUCUACACAAGCAUGCUCGGAGUAAAGCUACAAAUGUUUUACUGCUUCUGGGGAAAGUGGCUUCUUAUGCGUUGAAACUUACGGGAUUCUUUUAUUGUCAAGUUACUCCAGCUUUAAGAUCUGAAAGGAGUGAAGGAAAUUGUAGCAUAUCUUCUCAGUUACAUUCAGAUAAUGAUGUUGAAGAUGCUGCUAGCAUGGAAAAGCAAAUAAGUGCUGACAACCUUACUUCUAAUGGGAAUUACGUUAUUAAGCAGUCGUUAUUCCAAAGUGGGGUGCUCAGGACCAAUUGCAUAGACUGCCUCGACCGUACAAAUGUUGCACAAUAUGCAUAUGGGCUUGCUGCUCUUGGACACCAGCUUCAUGCCAUGGAAAUUUUAGAUUCCCCCAAAAUCGAUCUUGAUGCCCCUUUAGCUGAUGAGUUGAUGGCAUUUUAUGAGAGAAUGGGUGACACACUCGCACACCAGUAUGGUGGCUCAGCAGCCCACAAUAAGAUAUUCUCCGAGAGAAGGGGACAGUGGAAAGCAGCAACACAGUCUCAGGAAUUCUUCAGAACUCUUCAAAGAUAUUAUAGCAAUGCCUACAUGGAUUCAGAGAAACAAGAUGCUAUUAAUUUAUUUCUGGGACAUUUUCAACCACAAAAGAACAAGCCUGCACUCUGGGAAAUAGAUUCAGAUCAGCAUUGUAAUGUAGGGAGGAAUGGGCGAAUCCAUGCGCAAGUUGAUGGAAGGUCAGCAUUCAAAAGAUCCUUGUCAGAUGGAAAUAUUCUUCAUGAAAAUUGCUCACCAGCGUUAUCUACAAACAGAAGGCUAGAAAAACAUUCAAACUCAGUAUUGUCCAAACAAUCACAAGGAGGCAGUGAGGUUCUGUCAGAAUCGUCUCCAGAAAUAUCCACUUCCCGAAGUGAUAUAGCAUUCUCAAGGUAUAUUCCCUCAAUGCCUCCAAGGCGGUUUUUUGGGUCCAUUCAAAGGGAAACAUGCCUUGAAGGUGACCAUAUUUUCUUUUCAGAAGAAGACCCUAUGAGUUGCUCAAACUUUGUUGACCUGGACUGGCUUUCGUCCUCUGGGAAUCCAUGUGAGGAGGAGCCGUUUGAGAGGUCCUUGGGCUUCAACUCUUCAAUUGCUAGGGAUUCAUCUGAAAAUGUUGUCACUGGAGAAUCAACUCCUUCCCUGAGUGAAUAUGGUUCAAGCAUGAUGAUCAAAAGAAGACAAAAGAUUGGCUUCCUCUUGGUAUCGUGUUUUUGUUGGAGGCAAUCUUGUUUCAUGGAAAAGUAAAAAGCAAAACAUAGUUUCACGAUCAAGUGCUGAGUUAGAAUACAGAGCAAUGGCACAAGCAGUGUAUGAAAUAAUGUGGUUACAUGAACUCUUGAUUGAGUUGGGUUUUAAUACUACGACUCCAACUAAGUUGUGGUGUAACAAUCAAGCUAUUCUCCAUAUUGCAUCUGACCCAGUAUUUCAUAAGCGUACUAAACACAUUGAAAUUGAUUGUCAUUUUAUUCGAGAAAAAGUAUAGCAAGGUUUGAGGGGGAGUGUUAUAAUAUAUAUAGGAGCUUAUUAGUCUUUUGUCUUUUAUUGUAAUUUACUAGUCUUUAGCUAGGGUUUCCAUAUAUGUUUAUAUAUAUUGAACUCUAUUGUAUAGAAUGAAUCAAAAAGAGAGUUAUUUCAUAUUUUCUCUAACUUCAACAA